AUGGAUCUCCAUACUAUCAUGAACUCGGACGGCGGCGCAGGGAGGAACGCAUCAAGACAACAAUCUCAACCACCGCCUCCCUUGACAAAGAUGCCAACAGCAUCGCCAUCGAUGACUCCAACGCCACACACUCCGAUUCAACCGCAUCCGCACCGUGGGUUCAGAGACUACAGCCAGCCUGUUCAUGGAUCGCCUAGUCAAGCCCCUGCGCCUCCGCCGACCGAAUAUCAUGCCGGGCAUCCACCUCCAGGACCGCCGGGGCAUUACGUAUCACCGACUGCGCAACAUCCUCCUGCAAACGCAUUCACCCCAAGACCUGCUCCACCACCGCUACAGCCGCCGGGCCCGAACCACGAUCCGAGAUCUCCAGGCAGUGCUCAGUUGUCUGGGCCGUCCCCUUACCGCCAUACUCCUACCUCUUCCCUCAGUGCCAGCAGUCAGGGUUAUCCAUUCCCACCUACCCAUGCACAGAAUCAGCUACCAGCGAGCCCGCAGCAGCGACAUCAAUACGGCCCAACUGGUAACUAUUCCAGGGAUUCGAGGGAUAGCUUCGCGUCACCUGGAGGCCCAGCACCGCCGCCCGUUGGCAUGCCAUCUACUCACGGGUCCGCAAGUUAUUUCCCGGGCCAGCAAGUUAUGCCACCACAAACGCCGCCCGUCACGACACCAGGCGGCUCGCAACAUUCAUAUAUGCAACAGCAACAAAGAUCACAAUCGUUGCAGUCUACGUCGACAGCGACGCCAACUUCCGCUCACCAGCCGUCAUUCAGCACGUCCUAUGGUCCCCAAAGCGGCAGCCCAGCUACAACAGCACGGUCGUUGACGCAGUUUGACCACAGAGAUCAACGCCAAUCCUCGCAGCCACCAACACCUCUUGGUCCACCCGCUGCACCACGCCAGGUAUCAGCGCAAUAUCCACAACCACAAAGUCCGUACCAACAAAGAAUGUCUUCAGUUUCGGCGCCAGCUCCACCACAAUCACCAUACUCUUCUCAUCCUCCACAACAGAUACCACAGCCCCGAGCGCAAUCACAGCAUCGAUCUCCAUCAGCGCCGCAUGCUGCCACAAUCGUUCCUCAAUCGCAGACGCAUCCCACUCCGCAUUACGACACAGCUGGCGACCCACACCGCCGGUCACAAUCGUACGCGUCACACGCAUCGCAGGAACGUGAGCGUAGCAUUAGUGUCUCACCCAAGACUCGCAUUCCAAGCCUUACGGAAAGUCUGGGUGGCGCUUCUGCCUCGGGCCAACCGCGACCCUCGUCAAUGGGUGGCGACCCGACAGACCAACACUUGCAUCAAAUACCCCAACAGCAUCAGCAAAGCCAGAUGCAGCAAGCGCUGCCGCCUAGCAGUCAAGUUCCUGCCAUGAAGCGCGAAGGGACGCCAGCCAAGAGGAAGCUGGAUGAUAGAGACCUCCAGCCUGAUGAACUCAAUGGCACCCGGAGACCGCCGCCGCCUCCUCAGAUGAAUGGCACCCAUGGCACGGGACCUCUCAUAUCCCAACCCUCGUCACCCGUCGUCCCCCGACGCAAGAAGACCCGCUUCGCCCAUCCUCCCGUCUGGGCACAGAGCGGGAAGGCACGUCAACCCAAUGCCAGUCGUAAUUACACCCUGAAGAGCAAGACCCAUGUCGGUGGUGGCAGUCAUGAGCCACACACUAAUGGCGAUACAAAUCUUGCUCCAUCUAACGAGAGCAAAGCCAAACUGGAGCAGGCCUCGGUAAAGUCGGAACAUGCAUCGCGACACACUUCUCCCGAAGUCAUUCGCAAAACAGAAGAGCAGUCAGCCAUCAGCCCAGACAAUCGAGCAUGGAAGCUUCUUGACGGGCGACCCUUUCCUGUUCAACCUAUUUCGCUGAACCUCCCAAUCGACAAUCUGGUCCGGACGGUGGCCGACUUCCUGUUUCAACACAUCUGUUUGAGCGAGUUCUCUGGCGAGGUUCGAGCACGUGGUAUACAGUGGGAAGUUGAAGCCAAGCUAGGCACCAUCAUUGAUCGCAAUACAAAUUCUCGUGUAGCAUACCCGGUGAACGGCGAGUGUGUCCUUACCCCUGAUGCCCGAGUCGCAUUUAGAAGCAGUAUGACCCUGGCCCAGCAUCGCGUGUUUAACGAGUGGUUAAAUACCAAUCUUGCUACUACUCAUCCCCAGAACCCUCACACAAAGCCUUAUGAGCACGUGCCUAUUUCUUACAAGCACCGCAGAGAGGUUGACGAGUUCUUCGAAUUACCACCUCCGCUUAUAGCCAGGCUACCCAGUGCUUUAACGGCACUUCAGCAGUCAAAGCAGUCCGCCAAAGGCCGCAUCAGCCGGGACCAGCAGACUGGUGAAAUCCUUGCCAAGAUUGUCAAGGCGCGAGUAGCAGACCUGAACAUUCACUUGCCAAUGGCACGUCUUGACUGUCGCAUCAGCAUCAACCUUGAGUGGGAUUGGGACGGUCCUGCCGAGGAGAUCAUGAAAGGCCAUCCGGCAGGCCGUGAUCGGCAACCGGACCGUGCCAAGGACCGCAUGAGCUAUUCGCAGGGGCACUUCCAGGUUGACCUGACGCAGGUGAGCCAGGCCAAUCCCCGUAGCGGGACUCUCGAAAAGGAACACGAGUUGGAAGUAGAAAUGAACGCUGCCGUUCUCAUAGAACAGGGCAUGAGGGCACAGGCUGACGAGCCAAAUUUAUACCCAGAGUUGGUGGAAACGUUUGUAAACAACAUUAGAGCAUUGGCGCGGACCUGUCCGGAGUAA